AUGCGUGACGCUGGUCUUCGUCAUGUCACUCUCAAGGCUGAAACUCUGGCCGACAUUCGUGCUACGAUCGCCAUUUCGAAGGUGGAUCGCACGUUCCCUGUCAUUCUUCAGUGGAUGGGUGGCCGUAACGGCGGCUACCAUUCGUGGGACGACUUUUACCAGCCAAUUCUCGAUACCUACAGCCUGCUCCGGUUCCACAGGAACAUUGUCCUUGUCGCUGGAUCUGGUAUUGGCGAUGCGGACACUGCGAUGCAGUACAUGUCUGGUAGCUGGAGUGUGCCAUUCGGGCGGCCACCGAUGCCAUUUGACGGAGUUGUGCGAUUGGCUCCUGUGUCAUGGUCGCAAAGGAGUCUGGUCUGUCGGAUGCUGCCAAGCAGCUUAUCGCUGGACACGGCUGGUGUUGGUCCCAAACGAGUGGAUGGAUACGUACAGCGGUGUUGCUGA